AUCUUCUGUUUGUCUCUUCUUAGUAAAUUAAACAAAAGUCAAAUGAAAUUGUCUCUUUAUUUCCUGAUGUGUUUCUUUUCGGUUGCUUGGCAACAAAAUGUCCAAUGGGCCUUGCCCACCUGGCGCUCACCGUAUUACAACCAACUGCCUGUAAGGGCAUAUGGACCGAUUUUUGCAUCCCAAGCGAAACGUUUGCCUUACCCAAAUUUAAUAGCGCAUCACGACGAGCCGAACAUUAGGACAAGAACUAAUGCAAAUCAGAGAGCGUUCGGCUUAAGUGGCAUCAAUUAUUUGGCCAGUCUGAUCCUCAGUUCGCUGUCUUUAACUGCAACCAGCACGACGUUUACUACCUCUACGUCAACCAUUAACGGUGUAAGUGUAGUCACCUGUUUGACCAGUACAAUGUUUUCAGCGACUACGGCUUGCCGACGCAAAAGAGCCGCUGUUUCCGAUAUGCUGAUCGGUGAUUACGACCACAACAAACCUUAUGGCGAGGAAAAUGUGUUCGGUGUUUUACCUAGAGAAGGCAGAGACGUCAACCCAACUGACAUCUUGGCAUCAUCUUGGAACGAGCAAGACCUUGAUGUUUUCGGAACCGUUACGAAGCAAACAGAGAAAUCCAUCAACCGUUACGUCCGCAAACUUACAUCGACGGUCACAUCAACCUCGGUUUUAACUUCAUAUUCCGUGUCUGUGCAAACAAGUACCAGCACUGUUACCAACUUGGCUUCUAGCGCAGCUCUUAGCUGUCUGCCAUCCGGGUUUACGCUUUGUUAAACUUAAUUAAA